ACAGCAGAGGUUAUUUGACAGAUGUACACUGAUAAGUCGGUGCAUAUCUCAUGCAACUAUUGCAGGUGCACAUUCAAAGUGAAAAUGGCAGAAGGAGUAAACCCAACUGCGCUCUCCUGUGUAAAAGCUCUCACAGCUUUUGUUGAAAAUGGAAAAGCUCUGCUGGACCUCGCCGAAAAGGACAGCAAAGAAGGCUCUUUCCAGGAAUUCAUCAGACAGAAAAUCCGCAUUGAGCAAAAACAGUCACUGCUGGGCCUGAUUGAAGCUGCUGCCGGCUUGUACAGAAGUCUGUCUGUUAAGAGGAAAAAGGAUGCAGAGGACCUAUGGACAAAAAACAAUCAUUGUGCAGCCUUGCAGGAUGCUGUGCAAGACUUUCAGCAGCUCGCACUGCAGUGGGAUUCCUUUCUACAACGUUUGGAUGAUGAGUUGCAACUUAGUGCUAAAACACUGACUGAGGACAAUCAAUCAAGACGUAUUCCACCAGACACACCGCUCAUCGAUGCCAAGACAGGAGAAACAGUGACACUGCAGAAAUAUCUUGGGAAAGGUAAAAAGAUCCUGCUGGUGUUAAUCCGUCAGUUCUCCUGCCUGCUCUGCCGUCUCCAUCUUAAAGAUCUGGAGAAGAGUCAGAGAUCCCUGGAUGCACACUCUGUGGAAGUGGUGAUUGUUUCAUUUGGCUGUCGGGAGGGAGCUUCACACUGGCUACAGGAGACAGGCUGUCGGUACGACAUGCUGUUGGACCCUGAUAGAAAGAUAUACACUGCGUUCGGCCUGCAGGCAUCUCUGAAGAAAGUAUUAAACUUCAGUAACAUGCUGCUCUAUGCUGAGUAUGUGGCGGAUAAUAUGGAGUUUCCAAGAGAACUCCCAUCAAUACAAGACGACAUGUUUCAGCUGGGAGGCGACUUUGUUUUGGACGAACAUGGGAGGGUGCUGUUCUCUCACCGCUGCCAGAGUCCAAUAGACCGACCGACAGUGGAGGACAUUUUAUCUGCGCAGUGAAGAUUAAACUCCUUCAUACACAACAUUGACUAAUUAAAGAAAUACAGAAGCAGGUGA